UCCUUAAGGAAGGUUAACGUUUAAGCAUAUAACGCAAGCCUAUGGGAGCUCUUCCUCCAUUAUAUAUCUGAUGGUAUUGUGGGUUGUGUGAAAUGCAGGACCUUCGUUUGUUUUUUCUGUCCAUUUUCGUGUUUGUGGGAGGAGUGCAUGUUUCUCAACAGUCUCGCCACGGUGCAGUGGUUUCUAGAAGCGUGACUGGACGACGGAGCUAUAUAACGCUGAAGUGUCCAAAAGACCAUGUUUUUGCCAAUGUGAAGUUUAGAUUAGAAGACAACAGAGUUAAUACGAAUUAUAAUAAAUGUCUUGUGAACAGUCUGGUAGCCCAGAAAAGGUGUCGCUGGCAUCGUCGAUGCAAGAUCAACACAAAAGCCAAGACGCUAAAUUGCUCAGCUUCAGCCAUUCAGCUUUCUAACCUGAAAUGUGUACCCAAAGAUUCAUUUGUUAAUAUCUGCAAGUCAGCAGAAACUGGUGCCGUGUGGAUCACGAACUAUGGUAGAUUAAAAAGAACUCAAGUCAAGGGCCAGUGUAAACGAAUCAGAAAACAUGCUAUUAGAAUCAGAACACGUCGAGGUGUUGGGCAACGAAGGCCAGCCGUAAAAGGCGUGGUCACUCAGGAAAAUGGAAUCAUACAAGACCGCGUUGGAUGGCAAAAAAAGGCAUAUAAGUAUUCUUGCCCAAAUGGUUCAGUAAUUCAUUCUAUAGACCUCCUUUUGUCUUACGUUCCCUAUGCAAAAAGAUCCAAACCUCUGUGUCAGGGGCUAUCUCCUCAACUACUAGUGCAAAAGAACAACUGUUUCUGGAAAGAAUCGUGUAAAGUUAGCUGGGAUUCACCUCAGGUAAUGGCCAUGUCACACGACACGAAUUGCAUUGGGAAGCAGGGGUCCCUGUUUACAACUAGAGAACACCAAUGUAUGCCAAAAAAAAACAUCCUAGACAUCUGCAAGAAAAGAGAAGCAAAAGGCAAAAGGGGACUUCUCAGAAGUCAUGACGAUUAUCCGUGGAACUACCGAGCCCAGCCACAGAAGUGUACAACGCUAAUUAAGAUAAAACCUGAAGGAGCCUUAUACCUGCGUCUCCAUGACGUUGACUUAGACACUCGGCGGGAUGAGCUGAGAGUUUUACACGUCGGGGCUGGGCGACCCUCAUGCUCAUUGAAACACUCAAGCUUACAGGAAGGUGUCUGGUUGUAUGGUGGAUACAUCAAAAUUCAGUUCACUGUACAUCAUAGGACCCGAUCGGGACGGGGAUUUAUCAUGUCCUAUAAAAAUGUAAAAGAAAGACUACCGAGGAACCAUGUGAAGAAGUCAGACAUUUGUUCCCAGGUUUAGUGCUAAAUUGUGUUAGUUUCAAAGAAUACUAGACUCUGAGUUCCUACAAACUAUACCUAUAUUCAAGUAAAGAAUUGCUGUCCUCAAGUCCUCAUGUAAGGCGUACAGCUUUUAGCAAUCGACUUAAACUUCUUUGCAUUAAUAUUUAUAAUAGUAUAGCUGAUGGAUUGUAGCAAGGAAAUUCAAGUGAAAUAACAUCUUUCUGAUUGAAUUCUUGAUGAUUUGGCGUUUUCCCAGUGAUAAAGUGACAACAUCUAUAACAUGCAAUAAUAUGUUGAGCAACACAUAGUUGACUGUGGUUUUGUUGUUUCAAUAUCAGUUUAAGUAGGAUGAAUACCCCCAUAUUUCAAUGUUCCUUUUUUAAUUCGAUAUAUCAUUAACUUAAACAAAAUUCAACAAAAUGUUUGAUCUAUAUGACGAAAAAGAUAUUUUUAUCUUAAAUCAAGAUCGAUUUAACAUUGAGAUGCAAGUGUUCGGAGAAAAUAAUUGGCCACGAGUUGUAGUUUUUAGCCUUUUUCGUAGAUAUUGAUUUGGUUUUCAAUAGCCAGUAUGAUCAAGUUAAUGUUUUCAGUGUUCACUGCGUGUGUUCAAAGGCCUAUGAAAACGAUUGUUUUUAAAAGUAUUUCAUUAACAACCUUCUUCCUCAAAAUAUGCUUUUCAUUGUAUUAAACAGGGCAUAUCGUCAAAAUACUUGUAAAAUAUGUACAAUAAUUAAAAAACAUUACUUUUUAAAAUAAAUUUGAACUAAAAUAAAUCUUAUACUAUUAA